CACCACACGCUAGUUGAGUUUCCAAGCUGAAAAUGAUACGCUUGGAAAGAUGACAGGAAGAAAGCGUGCCCUAAGAGGCCGAGGAGGCGCAAGCAACAAAUUGACACCAAAUGAGACUCAGGGUGACAUAUAUACCCAGAUGCUCGCUGAGGCUGGUGUCGCGGCUGGCCAGGGCUCCUCCAUGCCUCAGCGGCCAAUUAAGCGCAUGAGACGGGAUAAGAACGCUACCGUGGUCGCAUCAGAUACGAAAUCGUCUACUCACGAAGGCAAGCAACCACAAGAGGAGCCAUCGGAAGCCGAAAGUGACGAAGACAUGGAGUUUGAGGACGUCGCGCUCCCAGAAAUCAAUGUGCAGACUAUGGAGAUGGACUCGGAAGAUGACGACGAUUCCGAUGAGGAUGCAGACUUUGAGGACAUAGGAAUCAACAUUGCCGAAGCACCAAAGUCACAGAAUGCACUGGGAGCAGACCUAGAGCUCAACUUGACAGCCCAGAAGGCGGCGCUGGCGCCGGCAAAGAAUGCUGCUGAACGACGGAGGCCAAUUUCGAAAGAAGAAAGAGAGAAACGCACUCAUAUCCAUAAGACGCACAUUUUGUGUUUACUGUCACAUGUUGCGCGGCGCAAUCACUGGUGCAACGACGCGAAAGUGCAAGCUUCGUUAAGGAAGCAUCUCUCCGAGAAGACGGCAAAAUAUCUCACCCCGGCUUCACAUCUACCUCAAUUUGGGCAGAUGGAAAGUCUGAAAACUGGACUAAAACAAGCUGCAGAAGUUUGGAGGUUGAAUUUUGAAAUUACGGAACGUGGCAUGCGACGAGCACUUUGGGCGGAGGAUCCGGAGCAACUCGACCACUACACUGUGGCAGAUGACCUUGACUCCUGCAUGGACAGAGAAGCAUUCAGAGAAGCGGCCACUUUAUUACAAGGCUCCCGAGAUGUAGGAGCUCAACUGUACUGCGCGCUCCUCCGAAGCGUAGGUGUGCGAGCCAGGCUUGUGUGUUCCUUGCAACCACUAGCUUUUGGGUCUGGCGCACCAACUCUACCAAAGCCUAAACCCAGCAAGGUUUCAGAAAAAGCGAAAAAGACUGAUGCAAUUCUGGCGCAAAUUGCGAAACAAAAGGCGGCGGUGGCUUCAGAGAACAAUCAUCUAGCAACCGGCUUGAGCGCGAAACGACGCCUAGGGCACCCGAACGCUGCGGCGUACAACUUUGAACCUUCAAGAUCGCCUGUCAAAGCCACACCCUCGCACAGUCAGCCACGGAAAAUACGCGAAUCACUAUACCCGGUGUAUUGGGUUGAGGUGCUUGAUACAGGCCAUCAGAAGUGGCAACCUGCCGACCCCGUCGUCACGCAUACAUUCUGGAAGCCGAAAAGUCUCGAGCCUCCAAUUACCGACAAGGAAAAUAGCAUGAGCUAUGUGGUGGCAUUUGACGCAGACGGCUCUGCCAGGGAUGUGACUGUCCGCUACGCCAAAGCAUAUGCCGCUAAGACUAGAAAGCUUCGAGUCGAUGCUGUUGAAGGCGAUGACAGUGAAUGGUGGCGUCGGGUUAUGAAGCUCUAUCGCCCCAGAUGGACCAAAGACCUUGAUCAAAUUGAGACCAAUGAACUGGCUGGUAUUGAGAUGCGUGAGCCCAUGCCCCGUAAUGUACAGGACUUUAAGGGCCAUCCUGUAUUUGCACUGGAAAGGCACAUGCGACGUCAUGAAGUAUUGACCCCUGACGCAACUCCAUCAGGGACUAUCAACUCUGGACCGCGAGGUGCUUUGGAGAAGAUCUACCGGCGCCGGGAUGUACGUGUGGCCAAGACGGUAGACAAAUGGUAUCGCCUCGGUCGGGAGGUAAAACCCAACGAAAUCCCGGCCAAAUGGCUACCAAAAAAGGUGCGUCGUAAACCCAAUCGAUUUGGGGACGACGAUGACGACGACGACAACGAUAACCUAGGAGGCGGGGUACCCAUUUACACAGAAGAUCAAACAGAAUUAUACGAACCGCCUCCUGUACGGAACGGAAGGGUGCCAAAGAACAAGUUUGGCAAUAUCGAGGUCUACGUUCCCAGCAUGGUGCCCAAGGGCGGCGUGCACAUUGUCCAUGAACAGGCUCGGAGAGCAGCCUUCCUCGCGGGUAUCGACCACGCCCCAGCACUUACUGGGUUUGAUUUCAAGGGUCGACAAGGAACGGCGGUGCUUAGCGGUAUUGUUGUUGCUUCAGAGUUUGCAGAAGCUAUCUAUGCCAUUGUCGACGGCUUGGGCGACUUGGAAGCACAGAUGGAAGAGGAACGUAGAACACUGGCCGCGCUCAAGAUGUGGCGCAGAUUCAUGAUGGGUCUCCGGAUACGAGAGAGGAUCUGGAGCGGUGUCAGCGCUGAGGAAAGACACGCGGCAGACAAGGAGGCUGAAGCUGAAGAUGCGCUGGAUGCUGCCAUGGAAGACGCUCCGAGCGAUGCGACGGAGGAGUUUGAUAUGAUGGACGGCGACGACAGCGAUGCAGGCGGCGGCUUCCUUGUAGAAUGAAGCGGGCGGAUUGAGUCCGUAUUUGUGAUUUAUUUAGCCGCCGCCUGUUGUAUAUUUAUAGCAAUAUUACAAUACAAUCCUUUUUAUUUUUCAAA